UUCAGACUAGGGCAAUAAACUGACUAGCAUAACUCUAUGAAUGCAACCUUGUCUAUUCCUGCUUUACGGUCACAUAGCUAAUUAUCUACUGUAGCCUAAACCUUUCAUCUUCUCAGACUGUCCAGUCGUCCGGCAUGCAGUCGCUAGGUAGCAGCCUAGUGGUUGUCGAAAUGGCGGUGAUUUAAUUAAUCAAAACGUUUUCUUAGAUUUUAUUCUGACACCAAUCAAUGCCCCUUACAGAUCGGAAGACAUGUAUUUGCCGACACUCCCUAGUAUUUUGCUGAGAGUCAUCAAUUAUGCAGGGUAACUGCACGCACUGGGAAGGAAGAUAGCAGCAUCAAUAUGGCGACAACCGCAGUUUCUUCCAAAUCUUUUCGACAUCUGCAGUCCAGCGACGCCGUUGUGGAUACGCGCUAACGUUUAAAUAGUAAGUAUAUAUUCCGAUUUUUCUAAAACAGGUGAUUUUUUUCGGGAGAGGAAACGUGUUUUUUGUUAUCAUCAGUACGCUGAAAAUGUCGCAGAGCGCCGGGAACCCAGCAUAUUUUUCCGUCGAAUAGGCUUAAUGCCAAAGACAAAAUAUAGGUUCGACAUGUCUUAUGGGAUAUUGUAUUUUCCGUUUAUUUUCCAACGUACUGUUUCAUUUGUGAUGAAGAUAUCGCCAAAAAUGCUUCCUGGCCUUAAUUUACAUUGCGCGUGGGCUACAUUGACACGCAAAAAAAACAUAGGCUUCUGAUAUUGGGCAAAAGUGAUCGCCAAUCUUGACAAGUGAACACAAUGAGAUCAACUUAUAUUUUAACGUUUAUUAUCCCGUAAUGUCAAAGAUCAAACCAGAUUUCAUUGGAACCUGUGACGUGAUCACUCUAUUUCCAAUACCCCCCUCCCAACACCACCUCCAAAUAUUCACCCACCAUCCACACAACGGUUGCAUUUCGUGAAAAUUGUUCCCUGUCAAAUGGGAACGCUUCACAUUAAUUACACAUUGUCGAAGUAUUCACUGAUGCCUAGAUGCAAUCGCCAGUGUGGUGUUUUUUCAUGACUUCAUAUUGAUCCAGGAGACGACAUAGCUUUCACGGGUGUGGUAGGCUUCCUUUUCUUCAAGUAUUUUUAGACAACCUGCGGAAAAAAACCUCUCAUAAACAUAAAGGCAUCAGUUAACAUUCAAGUGAUACAGCUGUUCCAGCUGAAUUGGGGUUUAAACGCUGUGUUAUUGGUCACUUUUUUGAUGGUGGACUUCUCUCUCGAAUGAAAGCUUUUCUGCUUAGAAACACCCACUGCAGUAUUUGCUGUGUGUCUCGGAGGCUGUGGCCCGCGCCCGUUUUGGGAGGACGUGUGAGGCAACGGUCUUGUGUUUACUUGGUUCUCCAAAUUAUUUCGUGACCUCAACCAUUUCUUGGCAGUGAUCCAAACCGACUGUUUUUGGAAAUACGCGUCUCGAGCACUGGUUGCAUCAACAUUGAAUUAAACGCUCUUGAGCUUGACUAUUUUAUUUCUAUACCUAAAACGGUGUAGGACGAAGAUGCAUUAGUAAUGAAGCAAGGAACACCUUAGCUCAGUUUUUCAGCAAGAGGUCCAUACAACAGGCUAUCUGUGAUUUAAAAAAAAAAAUGGAUUAACCGGGAUGUUGCAGAACUAGAUGCCCUGGAUGAUACCUAAUUAAAGCAGAAGUCGCUGCAGGAUGAAAACAUGGCUGCACCCCUUCUUGCACCGCCAGGACCUGAUAGCUUCAAAUAUUUUACCCGGGAAUCCCUGGCUAACAUUGAGAAGCGCAUCGCUGAGGAAAAAGCAAAGCCGCCACCAAAGCCUGACAGCAGCUACCGCGACGAUGACGACGAUAAUAAGCCCAAGCCGAACCGUGACCUGGAGGCUGGCAAGAGCCUGCCCUUCAUCUACGGAGACAUCCCCUCCGGAAUGGUGGCUACACCUAUCGAGGACUUGGACCAUUUCUACCUGAACAGAAAAACGUUUAUAGUGCUAAAUAGAGGGAAAACAAUCUUCCGCUUUAGUGCCACACCUUCCCUGUACAUGAUCAGCCCCCUUAAUCUUGGCAGGCGAAUAGCUAUUAAAAUUUUGAUACAUUCAUUGUUCAGCAUGGUCAUAAUGGCUACUAUUUUGACCAACUGUAUAUUCAUGACCUUUAGUGACCCUCCAGAAUGGUCCAAACAAGUAGAGUACACCUUCACUGGAAUUUAUACGUUCGAAUCACUAGUAAAAAUCAUUGCCAGAGGCUUCUGUAUAGACGACUUCACAUUCCUCAGAGACCCAUGGAACUGGCUGGAUUUCAUGGUCAUUUCUAUGGCAUAUGUAACAGAGUUUGUGGACCUGGGGAAUGUAUCUGCGCUGAGAACCUUCAGAGUUCUCCGAGCAUUGAAAACUAUCUCAGUCAUUCCAGGUCUGAAGACCAUCGUCGGCGCUCUGAUCCAGUCGGUGAAGAAGCUGUCGGACGUGAUGAUCCUGACCGUGUUCUGCCUGAGCGUCUUCGCCCUGAUUGGCCUGCAGCUCUUCAUGGGCAACCUGCGGCAGAAGUGCGUCAUCUGGCCGCUCAACAACACGGCCACCUACCUGGCCAACGGCAGCGCAGGCUUCGACUGGAACGAGUACAUCAUGAACGAUACCAAUUUCUACUUCUACCCAGGGCAACUCGAUGCCCUUCUAUGCGGCAACAGCUCUGACUCGGGCCGCUGUCCUGAGGGCUACACGUGCAUGAAAGCUGGGCGCAAUCCAAACUACGGCUACACCAGCUUCGACAGCUUCGGCUGGGCCUUCCUGGCUCUCUUCCGACUCAUGACGCAGGACUUCUGGGAGAACUUGUAUCAGUUGACGCUGAGGGCUGCAGGGAAGACCUACAUGAUCUUCUUCGUGCUGGUGAUCUUCGUGGGCUCCUUCUACCUGGUGAAUCUGAUCCUGGCCGUGGUGGCCAUGGCCUACGAGGAGCAGAACCAGGCCACCAUGGAGGAGGCGGCACAAAAGGAGCAGGAGUUCCAGGCCAUGCUGGAAGCUCUGAAGAAACACCAGGAGGACGCACAGGCAAAUGCCAUGGCAACGUCGGCGGGCACGGUGUCGGAGGAUGCGGUGGAGGACGAUGGCGAGGGCAACCUCUCCUGUACCUCCUCCGAGAUGUCCAAGCUGAGCUCCAAGAGCGCCAAGGAGCGUCGCAACCGCAAGAAGAAGUGGCGGCAGAAGGAGCAGGGCGAGGAGAAGGGCGACUACGAGAAGUUUGUCAAGUCCGAGUCGGACGACGGCAUCAAGAAGAGCCGCUUCCGUUUCCCAGACAACCGGCUGGGCCGCAAGACCUCCAUCAUGAACCAGUCCCUGCUCAGCAUCCCCGGCUCCCCCUUCCUGUCGCGGCACAACAGCAAGAGCAGCAUCUUCAGCUUCAAGGGUCGCGGCAAGGAUGGUUGCGGCUCGGAGAACGAGUUCGCCGACGACGAGCACAGCACAGUGGAGGAGUGCGAGGAGCGCCGCAACUCGCUCUUCAGCCCGUACCGCCGCAGCAGCUACAGCGGCUACAACUACGGCAAGCGCAACAGCACGGUGGACUGCAACGGCGUGGUCUCCCUGAUCGGCCCCGGGCCCGGCGGACGCCUUCUGCCUGAGGUGAUAAUAGAUAAGGCAGCUACUGACGACAGUCCCACUACUGAGGUGGAGAUAAAGAAGAAACUGUCUGGCUCUCUCAUGGUUUCUGUGGACCAACUCAACACCUCAUUCGGGCGAAAAGAGCGAGCAAUGAGUGUCAUGAGUGCGGUGACCAAUACGCUCGCAGAGGAACUGGAGGAGUCUCAGCGAAAGUGUCCUCCAUGCUGGUACAAAUUCGCCAACACAUUCCUGAUCUGGGAAUGCUUUCCUAUGUGGCUGACCAUCAAGAAGAUAACGCUGCAGAUCGUGAUGGACCCGUUCGUGGACCUGGCCAUCACCAUCUGCAUCGUGCUCAACACCCUCUUCAUGGCCAUGGAGCACUACCCCAUGACCCCCCAGUUUGAACAUGUGCUGAGUGUGGGCAACCUAGUGUUUACAGGUAUUUUCACUGCCGAAAUGUUUGCCAAACUUGUUGCUAUGGACCCAUACUACUAUUUUCAGGAAGGCUGGAACAUUUUUGACGGCUUCAUUGUGAGCUUGAGCUUAAUGGAGCUGGGCCUGGCCAACGUCGAAGGGCUAUCUGUCUUGAGAUCAUUCCGUUUGCUAAGAGUCUUCAAGCUGGCCAAGUCGUGGCCCACACUCAACAUGCUGAUCAAGAUCAUCGGCAACUCAGUGGGCGCCCUGGGGAACCUGACCCUGGUGCUGGCCAUCAUCGUCUUCAUCUUCGCCGUGGUGGGCAUGCAACUGUUCGGCAAAAGCUACAAGGACUGCGUGUGCAAGAUCGCCCAGGACUGCGAGCUGCCGCGCUGGCACAUGAACGACUUCUUCCACUCCUUCCUCAUCGUGUUCCGCGUGCUGUGCGGCGAGUGGAUCGAGACCAUGUGGGACUGCAUGGAGGUGGCCGGACAGUCCAUGUGCCUCGUCGUCUUCAUGAUGGUCAUGGUCAUCGGCAAUCUGGUGGUGCUGAACCUCUUCCUUGCCUUGCUGCUGAGCUCGUUCAGCGCGGACAACCUGGCGGCCACCGAUGACGACGGCGAGAUGAACAACCUGCAGCUGGCCGUCAUCCGCAUGAAGGUGGGCAUCGCCUGGAUGAAGAUCAAAGUGCGUCACGUAGUGGCCGUCAUCCUCAAGCGCAAGGUGGCGGACGAGGUGAAGCCGCUGGACGACAUGUACGGCAAGAAGCUCAACUGCAUCGCCAACCACACGGACAUCAACCGCGACCUGGACUACCAGAACGGCACCACCAGCGGCAUCGGCAGCAGCGUGGGCAAGUACAUGAUCGACGAGGACCACAUGUCGUUCAUCAACAACCCCAACCUGACCGUGUGCGUGCCCAUCGCCGUGGGCGAGUCCGACUUCGAGAACCUCAACACCGAGGACUUCAGCAGCGAGUCGGAGGCCGAAGGCAGCAAAGAUAAUGAUGACACGAGCUCUUCGGAGGGCAGCACCGUAGACAUCAAGCCGGACGUGGAGGACGUGGUGGUGGUGGAGGCCGUGGAGGAGUAUGUGGAGCCAGAUAGAUGCUGGACAGAUGGUUGCAUUGCGCGUUACCCGUGCUGUGACGUGCCCAUCACAUUUGGCUGGGGCAAAUACUGGUGGUUCCUGAGAAAGACCUGCUAUCUCAUUGUGGAGCACAACUGGUUUGAGACCCUCAUCAUCUUCAUGAUCUUGCUUAGCAGUGGAGCUCUGGCCUUUGAGGACGUGUACAUCGAGCAGAGGAAGACCAUCCGCGUCAUCCUAGAGUACGCUGACAAGGUGUUCACCUACAUCUUCAUCCUGGAGAUGUUGCUCAAGUGGGUGGCCUAUGGGUUUUACAAGUAUUUCACCAACGCUUGGUGCUGGCUGGACUUCUUCAUUGUAGAUGUGUCUAUAGUCAGCCUUAUAGCUAAUGCCCUGGGGUACUCCGAUCUAGGGCCCAUUAAAUCACUCAGGACACUAAGGGCCCUGAGGCCCCUCAGAGCCUUGUCACGUUUUGAAGGGAUGAGGGUGGUAGUCAACGCCUUGGUGGGCGCCAUUCCCUCCAUCAUGAAUGUGUUGCUGGUGUGCCUCAUCUUUUGGCUGAUUUUCAGUAUCAUGGGGGUCAACAUGUUUGCGGGCAAGUACUACUACUGUUGGAACGCGACGUCCGAGACGCUCUUUUUGCCGGACCAGGUCAACAAUAAAACAGAGUGCCUUGCCCUCAUGAACGCCAACUACUCUGAGGUCCGCUGGAAGAAUGUGAAGAUCAACUUUGACAACGUGGGCGCUGGCUACCUGGCCCUACUCCAAGUGGCUACAUUCAAGGGCUGGAUGGACAUCAUGUAUGCAGCGGUGGACUCGAGAAGGGUGGAAGACCAGCCUAUCUAUGAGGACAACAUCUACAUGUACAUCUAUUUCGUCAUCUUCAUCAUCUUUGGCUCCUUCUUCACCCUCAACCUCUUCAUUGGUGUCAUCAUUGACAACUUCAAUCAACAGAAGAAAAAGUUUGGGGGUCAGGACAUCUUCAUGACAGAAGAGCAGAAAAAAUACUACAAUGCCAUGAAAAAGUUGGGCUCAAAGAAACCACAAAAGCCAAUUCCCAGACCACAGAACAAGAUCCAAGGGAUGGUGUUCGAUUUCGUGACACAGCAGGUGUUUGACAUUUCCAUCAUGAUCCUCAUCUGCCUCAACAUGGUCACCAUGAUGGUGGAGACAGACGACCAGUCGAGGGAGACAGAGGAGAUCCUUUACUGGGUCAACUUCAUCUUCAUUGUGGUCUUCACCACGGAGUUCGUCCUCAAGCUCUCCGCCCUGCGGCAUUACUAUUUCACCAAUGGCUGGAACGUCUUUGACUGUGUUGUGGUCAUUCUAUCCAUCGUAGGCAUGUUCUUGGCUGACCUGAUCGAGAAGUACUUUGUGUCUCCAACGCUGUUCAGGGUAAUCCGUCUGGCUCGAAUUGGUCGCAUCCUGCGUCUGAUCAAAGGAGCCAAGGGCAUUCGGACUUUACUGUUUGCCCUAAUGAUGUCACUGCCAGCCCUGUUCAACAUUGGCCUGUUGCUCUUCUUGGUCAUGUUCAUCUUCUCCAUCUUUGGCAUGUCCAACUUUGCCUACGUCAAGCGAGAGAUGGGAAUUGACGACAUGUACAACUUCGAGACCUUCGGCAACUCCAUGAUCUGCCUGUUCAUGAUCACCACUUCGGCCGGUUGGGACGGCCUCCUCGCGCCCAUUCUGAACUACCCACCCGACUGCGACCCUAACCUGGAGAACCCGGGCACCACGGUAAAGGGUAACUGCGGCAACCCCUCGGUGGGAAUCUUCUUCUUCGUCAUGUACAUCAUCGUGUCUUUCCUCAUCGUGGUGAACAUGUACAUCGCCAUCAUCCUGGAGAACUUCAGUGUGGCCACGGAGGAGAGCGCCGACCCGCUGUGCGAGGACGACUUCGAGUCCUUCUACGAGACCUGGGAGAAGUUCGACCCCACUGCCUCACAGUUUGUGACCUUUCAGAAACUGGGCGACUUCGCCGACACACUCGAGCACCCACUGCGUGUGCCCAAGCCUAACACGAUCGAACUGAUCGCUAUGGACCUGCCCAUGGUGAGCGGUGACCGCAUCCACUGCCUGGACAUCCUGUUUGCCUUCACCAAACGCGUGCUGGGUGACAGCGGCGACCUGGACAUGAUGCGACAGCAGAUGGAGGAGCGAUUCAUUGCUGCCAACCCCUCCAAGAUCUCCUUCGAGCCCAUCACCACGACCCUGCGUCGCAAGCAGGAGCACGUGUCCGCGUCCAUCAUCCAGCGCGCUUACCGCGCUAGCCUCUUGCGCCGCGGCUUCGUCUGCAGGCGCAUCAUCGGGUUGAGCAAGCUGGAGAACGGUGGGACCAAUCAAGAGAAGAAAGAGAGCACGCCCUCCACUGCCUCCCUGCCCUCAUACGACAGUGUGACCAAACCCGAGAAGGAGAAGCUGGACCAGAGCGAAAUCGUCGGGAAGAAGGAGAAGGGCAAAAACCAAAAAGACGUCAGGGAAUCCAAGUGUUAAGAACUGCGCUAGAACUGGCGCUGAGCUCUACGACGGGUGACACAUGAUGAGAUGAGACUCUGUAUUCGAAAUCCAACAAAUGUACAAACAUCAACAACAAUAACAAAAAAAAAGUGAGAGAAAAAAACUAUUUGCAAAGAAAAACGAAAAAUCUAAAAAAAAAAUAAUGGUUUGUUUACAGACUUGUUGCAGAUGUUUCGAUGCAGAAGAAGCAGCUUGGUUUUAAUACCACUCUGAACACGACCAAACACGAUGAGCUUUCUGUGUAUCAUCUGUGAUAAAUGACCAAGAUUUUUAAAUAACUUUUCACUCAACCUAAACUCGAUCAUACACGGCCAACUCAACUCAAAGUGGUGUGAAGGCCUGUUGCAGACCCUUGGGGGUGAAGACCAACUGCCAUCUGGACACAGAACUGUGCGAAAUUUUGAAGAUGUUUUAUUUUCCAUGGCCAUGUGUGGAUUCCAGCAUUGCUCAACUGUGGGGUGCCACAUAAAGACUCAACAACAAUUCCGGGUUGUAGGAAACCACCUGCUCCGUUGCAGGGGUUCCUGUGACAUGUUGUCUUUUAACUGUAGAUGAAAAAUGAUUAAUCAAAAAUGGGGAGAGCAGAAAAAAAAACCAGAACAUUAUGUGGUUUUUUUUUUUUUAUUUGUUUGUGCUGAAUAUAUUUGCAUCUCAACAUUAUUUGAGCAGCAGCAAAAAAAAAGAAAGACAAAAAGACACAUUUAGCCCAUGUCACUAGUCUUUUCAUCCUCUUUGUUAUACCUGCGUUAAAAUGAUUUUCUACAUGGGCUUUCACAUUGAUCACUAGGGUAGGGGCUUUAUCAGGGUUUUGACUUGGGCUGAAGGGGGCUCCAACCGAGUUCCAGAGUAAAUACCUUACUAAUUGUGCUCGUUCAAAUGCAUAGAAAUGAUUUGCAUGAUGGCAUGUUUUGAUCAGGAAUCAUGCAUGAGAAACCAUAGUCCACACCACACUUACUCAAGGCCACAGCUGUGGCUCGAUCAUUAGCUUUGAAGAUUUCCACUGAUCCAAAAGUUUCAAAAUGAGAUCAUACUCCUAAAUUUUAACGAGUACUCUUGUACACAGUAUUUGGGAGCUUCAAACAUUAUGAUUGUCCCUUCCCCUCACAUGCUUUGUUUUCUGACACCAUGCUUUCACCAUGCUUCGUUGCGUUUCUCGGUGUCAAACCAGGCUGUAAUCAUUCCAAAAAAAAACUGAUGUUCUAUUUGCUUGUGUGUACUAACAUUGUGGCACAUGGUGACAAAAACACAAGACAUAAGUCAUUUUGCUGCUCCUGCCGUGUAUGUGUGGGUGGGGAAGGAGAAGAGGUGGCAAUGGUUGCUGGAGACCUUCGCCCAUGAGGAUACACUGAUUUGGAGAAACAUUUUGAAAUCAAAUGAAACCAAAUCCCAGGCUUACAGAGACCUUGAUUUGCCUUUCGUUUCUGCACCAGCAGCAUAUCGUUACGUGGGCACUCUUCUUCUAAUGUUCUCCAUGUCGUUGAGAGGGGAAUGGCGUGAAUGGGACGCCGAUAUCUUAGAGGGAAAAACUUGAGGGUGUGGCAGAGCUCCGCUCGGUCUCAGCUCAGCUCAGCUCAGCGCUCUUUGUCAGACUGCAGGGAACGAGCGCUCCUCAGCGUAGGGGCAGCUCUCCACGAGGCACAGAAGACAACUGUCAAUAACCGUCACAACUGCCAGGAUGUUUAAUUUCCAUCCAUUUUCCUAGGGCCUUUUUGAUGGCAUUUUUAAACCUUGUGAGCCUCUUAUCGGUUCCAUUUCGUCGUUGUUGUUGUUUUUAUGUGAAAAAAAAAAAAUCAGUACGACUUUGGCGUGAUGAGGCUUUGGCGAAAGGCUGUUUGGAGCUUCGAUUUUUUUUCGCCAUCGAGAGAUUCUCGAGAGUCGUUGAAAGGGGUUUGUUCACUGCUCUCGUGUGCCGUGGCCUGAUCUAGAAAUCAGCUGAUGUGCAGUCCUGGCAUCAGCAUCUGCCAAGUGAUUGAGGGAGAGCUUAGUCAGCUUCAGAAUACUCUUGAGUCUGGGGAAAAAGGGUAUCCCCUGUCUGUCGUGCAUCCUAGGUAGAUACACCUCUCUGGACUACUGCCAGUCAGCUUAGAGCCUUUUGUGUCUUAUUUGUGUUAGCUAAGGCUCAACGGGAAGUAAGUGGACAACUGCGGGCCUUUCUGAGAACUUGACUCGGAAUGGUUUGAGUGACAGGUGCCAUUCAUCAUUGAUAUCACCAGAAAUAUUCAGUGAAAGACUCUCACACGAGUAAAGGUUCCCUUUGUUUUUUUCGUCAAACAAAUUCUUUUUUGUACAAAAUGAAAAAAAAGAAACAAAUACAAAAUAUGCACUUGAGUAGAUCUCGUCACAGUUUGGACUAGCCAAGUAUCGAUCUGUGCGUGCUCAAGUUGUGAAAGGGAACAACGCAAACACAUCUCAACUGGAGAACAGCGUAAGAGGGCCCUUCUCUGCACGAACGCCCCGGUAGGCGGGGGGACUUUUGUAUCACAGAGUGCGAAAUUGCUCUUAAACUGCCAUCCUCUGUCUUGAGGUCCAUAACAGAAAAAACAAACAAACAUGGGAACAAAUGAACAAAUAUUCAAAAAAAGAAAAGGAGAACACAAGUCCCAGUAACCAUGCGUUCGUCGGGGCACGCCCUGGGACGGGUAAUACCCACCCUCUAGGCCACUUCCUGUUCGUGGCACACUUCCUGUUUACACCCCCUCCCCCUUCUCCCCAUCAGGGCCUCACUGCACAGUGGGUCUUCAAACUGCCUGAGGUCUCCAAAUCAGUGUGGGUGCUGUGGACUUGAGAUAAAAACCAAAUACAUUCCCAAUGUUGAAAAAAAAACAUGCAAUGCCAUGCAGUUUCUCCCGAUGCCCAUCUUGGAUGUAAUGUGUAGAAGAGUACAUUCACAUUAUGACUAAAUGAAAUAUAUCAUUCUGUGUACAGUGCGGGCUAUGAUGUACAUGGCACAAUUACAGAGAAAAGUUGAGAAUGAACUAUCUGAGAGAAACUAUAAGUAUUGUAAUAUACUCUUUUUUUUGGUUUUGUUUUCAUGGCAUGCUUUGUUGUGGUUUUUGUAAAUACAGAAUUUUAAAAGAUUACUACUAUUAAUCUAACAAUAAAUGACAAACAAAAAUAUAGAAUGGCUUCCAGCUGAUGCCCUUGUCACAUUUGUUACUUUUUGAUAUUUUUUUUUUUCCCAAGACAAUUCACACUUUGUUGGGGGGAAAUGAAUGAAAUAGUACGAAUCCUAUAUUAUACAAACCGUAUAUAUGGAAUAUAUAUGAAUAUAUAAGAGCACUGUCACAUUUUGUUUAUAUGCAACACGUCCAGUGGAUGUCAUAAAUGGUUGGUCCUACCUCUGGAGAUGGGGACCAACUUUCGCACGAUAUAAUUGGAGCUGCUUGGAUUUUAGCCCAAGAUACUUAGAGGAGGAUGCAACCAGCACACUUCUUGUGUAUUCCUUGUACUUACAGUACUUAUGCUCAACACAACAUACACAUGCACACAAAGGAGAAUACACACCCGUAUGAACUCAAACACACACAGAGAUACACAGACACACAGACACACACAAACCCAAGUGCACACAUGCUCUUUCCUGCCUAUGAAAAUCUGUUCUCUCUCACCUGAAUCUGUCACUAAGACGCAGGAGCCUACUGUUUCAAGGCCUCUUCAUACUCAUCUGUGCCGUUACUACUGAACUAGCCAUCCAUUUUACAUUUUGUAUUUAUGCUUUCUUUUUCCGUACAUGUUUUCUAAUUUUUGUGUGUUUUGUAAUGUUACUUCACUAAUGGUGUGUGCCUUUUUCUGUAUUCUUUGUGUUAUCCUUCUCCUUCAUUUUUCUGAGUUGCACUCUUGUGCAAUCUUGGAGGAUGGUGCCAUUUCUAACUAGUUACCCUGUGAAAGGCGACAAGACGGGGAGUGGAGGGCCAUUAUGGAGCACAAUGUCAAUCAGGGACUUGAGAUUUUACAGCGUGGCAUACUGUACUGCCAGACAAAUGCCGAACAACAAAUAACACACACAGAGCCCGUUUCCUCUAGUUUUGAUGUUACAAAAAAAAAACACAUAAUUCAGUAUGUGAUUGUGUUCUGUGCUUUGUGUAUCAUCCACUUGGCUUGUGAAAAAAACUGGCCUUCUGAUUUUGUGUUUCUUUCCACAUCUGAGAUCCAUUUUUGUAUCAGCAUUUGUUUUUUGGACUGUUCCAUUUUUUUGGGCAUGAUUAAGAUGCUUUUUGUUUCCAUCUUUCUGAAGAAAAAAUAUCAAAAAGUGCUUUUCAAACUGUUGUUAUCGUUUGACACAGUUAUGUACAUGGUAGGAGGAAAUAUGAUGUUGUGUUGCACAACCACUUGGACUCUUAGUAAGACCUUAUAAAAGAUUGUCUUCAUUUGAGCACGAACCUUUUUAUGAACAAAUAAAGCAGCCUUCCAGUUA